AUUCAUUUACCAUUUAACUUAACAAAUACAAAUAAACGACAUAAUCAAUUAAAUGCCACAUCAUGUUGAAAUCUAAGCAACUGUUACAACAAUUUGCCAAAGAGUAUGCCAAGUAUACGCCAGCAAAUUUUAAAUUGAAACGAGCUUUGGUGGUCACGAAGCUAUCGCGCUAUGAAUUCGAGCAGCUACGUCAUCCGGGCCUAUCCAAAGAACAGUUGGAGCAGAAGUUACGCGAUCGUGGCACUGAUGUGGAGAUGGUGCUAUAUCUGCAUAAUCUGCACAAGGACUUCGAAAGGCGUGUGGUCCAGAGCUUUCAGGAUGUGGGCUGUGAGGUGAAGCUGUCCAGCAGACUUGAAUUUAGAAGCUCACUGAGCAAAGACGUCAUGAGCUGGGCGGAUGUCAUUGUCCCGGUUGGUGGUGAUGGAACCUUUUUGCUAUCUGCUGGUCGCUCGAGUCCUCUCUUUGCCCUAAGCCAGCAGAAGACACCGAUAGUAGGUUUCAAUUCCGAUCCGCAGCAUUCCGAGGGUCGGCUCAUGCUGCCGAAGCACUAUACGGAAAACCCCUCCGAUGCGGUAGGACGCAUCAAAAGUGGUGACUUUAAAUGGAUGCAUCGUUCACGCAUACGUACCACGUUUCUAGGUAGCAAUGGCGAAAUUCCUGAAUCGACCGAUUUGUUUCGGCACACGGAGGUCAAAAUGGAGCAGGUUAAUACAGAACCUGAAAUGCUGGAGAAGAAUAUGGCCUACAAGUACAAGGCAAAAAUGAGAAGAGUUCUGCCUUAUUUGGCCCUCAAUGAGGUAUUUAUUGGUGAACAUCUAUCAGCCCGGGUCUCCCAUUUACAACUAGUCCUGGACCACCAGGACGUGGUGAAUAAGACAAAGUGCUCGGGUCUAUGCGUGAGCACUGGCACCGGAUCCACGUCAUGGCACACGAGUAUCAAUCGGAUUACAAACAGCGAUGUGGAGCACUUGCUACGUUCACUGCCCAAUAGCAGUUCGGCGGAGGUGCUUCGAUUGCGCGAAAAUGCCGAAGAAAUUGCCCACCGCUAUAAUCAGAGUUUGCUCUUUGCCCCAGAUGAUCCCCGACUAUGCUAUUCCAUACGUGAGCAGAUCUGUGUUGGUGUUUGGCCUUCACCCAAAACGUUUAAAGAGCGAGAUUUCGUACAGAAUGUUUUUGUUAAGUCACAUUGCAUCGACGCCAAUCUGGUUAUAGAUGGCAGCAUAUCAUAUCCUUUUAAUGAUGGAGCCAAAGCCUUACUGGAGGUCUAUCCUGAGGAUGCCCUCUUGACCAUUGCCCUAGACUGAUAACGAUGAAAUUAAUCAAUUUGCCCAUUCUCUGUGUAAAACUUUUGCAAAUUAUUUAAUCCGCAUUUUGCCCAAACUACUGCUUAGGUUAGUGCAAUAUCAAGUUCAAUUUUUUUGUGUCUUGUUAUAAACAAUUUAAUGUA